UUAAUAGGAGAAUAGUUGAUCCUUAUAACGCUACAAGGUUACUGAGAGGCGAACACGUAACAUCUUUCUCCGAUUUACGAGAAAAUAAUUAUAAAUUUUAUAAAUAUUUUCGCUUAUCUACAAGCAGUUUCGACGAAUUACUCUGCAAGUUAGAGUUUUCUUUACGACGAUCCAGCUUACGUUGCAUACCCAUAACUCCUGUGGAAAAAUUGGCGAUCACUCUAAGGUAAGUGAAUUAAAAGUGUAUAUGAAUAAAUAUUAUCAUAUAUAUAACUAUAAAUGAUAAUAUUUAUUUUGCAGAAACAUGGUGGUGUAUGUUGUAUAAUUUCUAGUUUUUGUAGCUAAUACUUAAUCACCAACGUCUUUAAUGAGGAUCAAUACUAGGCCGACAAAUCAACUCAAUACAGAUACAGAUUUAUAGAGCUAAGAAAUCAUAAAUUUUUUUGUUCUAUGAUUUUGAAAAUUGAAUUGAAAAUGACCUAAUUACAAGCGAAGUUCACUGACUGGCCCACGACUGGCCCUAUGGCGUAUGGCAUUAAUGAGAUUUAUCAGAAAUUUAAAAGUCAUCCUAACACGGUGUAAUGUACUCGUAUUUUCAUACAAACUUUACUGACCUAGGAUUUUCUUAGUUUUGGCUAAGGUUGUCAAAAUAAUGUAUGUCCGACUUACCUGUAUGUCAUGGAUUUCUUAACUCUAUAAAUCUGCUAAAAUCAACUAAAAUCCUUACUGAUCUUCAUUAUGAGUCUCAUUCAUAACAUUCAUUGAUUCAACUAUCGAGCUGUACGCAGCAGAUGAGUGAGCAGAAUUUGAGUUAUUAUCCUCAGUUGGCGAUAUGACAUUUGAAAAAGGUACUGCAGAUUCAUAGAGCUGUUCAGGUGUAGAAGUGGUAGAAUAGUUAUAAUUAGGAUAUGGCGAUGAUCGCGUUGUGCAAUUGUAUGUAGAAUUUGCGUUCAGACUAGAAUUAACAUUAUUUUCUGGCGGUGAUAAAAAGCUAGGUGUCGAAGUUGUUGGAGGUGAAAUCUCAAUGACUAAUCCUAGAACCUUUGAGCGAAACUGCAGCUUUUGAUAAGCACUUAAAUUAUUUAGAAUCGGAGCAAGAGACUCAAAAAAUGACAAAUCAUCAGGACUUAGGUUGGAAGUGGAAGUAUUUUGGUUCAACAACGUUAAUAAUUCGUUUUCAAAAUUUGAUUGAUCGGAUUUCCGUUUAUUUCUCCUCUUUUGAUUCCAUCUGGGAGUAUCAUUACUAUUUUCUGUGUUUUCUUGUUGUCUUUGGAACUGGGAUGGAGUACUCAAGUUACUCGCAGAUGUAACUGCUUCAUAUGUGUCUCUAGUAGUCAAAUCUUCAGAUACGCUAGACUGAUUAUCGCUUAAUGAAUCUGUGACUUCAUUUUCUGAAGAACGAUCAAGGAAUGUCAUUUGCUCGAAAAACAGAUACUUCUUGUGUUUUGCAGCGCUUCCCGAUGGCGUAUUUCGCAUAUUCCCUUUUGUUCUGAAAUAAUUAUCUCUCGCUGAUUUCCAUCGCUGGCGUAUUUGUUUAUCUGCAAUAAAAACAUAUUUUUAUGCACGUAAUGAAAUUUAAUGAAAAUACUUUUUUGUUUCAGGUUUUUGGCAACGGGCUGUACUUUCUCCGAUUUAUCCAUCGCAUACAGAAUGGGAAUUACUACUGUAGCUAAUAUAGUAAAUGAAGUUUGUUCGGCUGUAUGGCAAAAUCUUCGUCAUGAAUGUAUACCUGAACCAACUACAGAAAUGUGGCAGCGUAUUACUGAAGAAUUUGAAUUAUAUGCAAAUUUUCCAAAUUGUUGUGGGGCGAUAGAUGGUAAACAUAUACGUGUAAUAAAUCCGGCAGGUGGAGGCUCUAUGUUUUAUAAUUAUAAACAUUUCUAUUCUAUCGUCCUUUUGGCAAUGUGCGAUGCGAACUAUUGUUUUACCUAUAUUAACAUUGGGUCUUGCGGAAAAAACUCAGACUCUACAAUAUUUCAAGAGAGUUCACUUUUUCGAAAGUUACAGAACAAUACAUUGAGGUUACCUGGUGUAAAACAUCUGCUGGGCACUAAUAUAACACUACCACACAUUAUAGUUGGUGAUGGUGCAUUUGGUAUAUCCAACCAUGUGAUGAGACCUUAUGUGCGAUCCAACAUGACUCAUAAAAAUAAGGUAUUUAAUUAUCGCUUAAGUCGUGCUAGACGGUACAUAGAGUCGACGUUUGGAAUAAUGUCCAACAAAUUCAGAAUGUUCCAUACUCCAAUGAGUGUCAGUUUUCCUGUCGCUAAAAAGGUAGUUCAAGCCUGUUGCAUAUUGCAUAAUUUUAUUAGAAUACGGGAUGGCUACAACGUUAAUGACACAUUAACUAUAACGGGAAUGACUGAUUUAGUUGACCAACCAGAUCAUAGAUCAGGAAACACAUUACGCGAUAUAUUCGCUGAUUACUUCGUAUCACCCACUGGUAGCGUGUCAUGGCAAGAUAGAUCUGUGUUAUGAUUUUUUAGUUGAUACCUACUUACCACGAAAUUCAAUAAAUGGAACGAAAUGCAGUAAUAUUGUCGUGCUUAAAUUGAUUUACCUACCUAUCUACCUAAUUAAUAUUUUUCAUUAGUACCAGACAAUACAUGUAACAAAAAUUAUUUUAUUAAAAAAAUUUUCUUACC